GCCAGACCAGAGAGACGGCUGGGCAAGUUGGGGCUGACGUCAGCUGGCGGCUUUCGCGAAGAGUGAAAUGGCGAGGAGCGGUAGGCCUCUCAGGAAGGUGCUGUGCGAUGUAUUCGAGUUUCCGGCUAACCUUGCCCGGGAGAGGCCGGCCAAGCACACCGUAAGGUAUCUAGCUUCUUGUGGCAUUCUAAUGAACAGAGUUCCUACAUUCAAGUCACCAAGACAUUGCCUUGCACAACAGCGAAAUUUCUUCAACAUUGCUGGUCCUCUAAUAAACAAGAAGAAAGAGUAUUCUGAGAGACGAGUAAUGGGAUUUUCCAUGCUGGAAAUGUAUAAUGUUGUUUCUGGUGUUGCUGACUACAAGCAUUUUGUACCGUGGUGCAAGAAAUCAGAUGUCAUAUCUAAGCGCUCAGGAUAUGCGAAAGCUCAAUUAGAAGUAGGAUUUCCACCAAUAGUUGAACGAUACACGUCUGUUGUGACCCUGGUACGACCACAUUUAGUUAAGGCAUCUUGUACAGAUGGGAGACUGUUUAAUCAUUUGGAGACAAAUUGGCGUUUCAGCCCUGGAGUUCCCGGAUAUCCAAGGACCUGUACUGUGGACUUUUCGAUUUCUUUUGAAUUCCGUUCUUUGCUGCACUCUCAGCUGGCCACCAUGUUUUUUGAUGAAGUUGUCAAACAGAUGGUAGCAGCAUUUGAAAGAAGAGCAAAGAAGUUGUAUGGCCCAGAAACCAACAUCCCACGAGAACUUAUUAUUCAUGAAGUGCAUCACACGUAAAUAAAAGCUGGGAGGAACCACUGUAGGUCCCCUUGAAAGUUGUAUAGAUUUAUUUAUUAGUGUGGCACAUUUCCACAUCUCCGGAUGUGGGAGUGACUUUCAUUACCUACUUGUAACACUUGAGCACUGUAAUUAUUGAAAAAGCUUUUUGAGUGUUACAUGAUGACACAUACAAGUAUACAUGUAUAUAAAGUGCAAAUAAUUCAGUUGUAACUAAAUGUAAUUUUUUCCACAUUGUGCUUUAUUAAGAUGGACUGGCCAUACUAAGUUGUGCAAGUGGAAAAGACAGCCAUGUGUUGUUUUGGGCCAUUUAGGUAAUUUAGUGUGAUUUUAGUAUCAAACACUUAUUCCCUGUGUGUCAAAGAUACUUUCUAAAGCCAAACAUGAAGAUAUUUUCAUAAAUAUUUUUAGAUGUUUUUAUCAUCAUCUUUUUCAACACAGCUGUGACAAGGCACUCUGUAAUUAAGCUACAAAAGUGGAAAUCAAUAAAUGGUCUAAUUUAAGGCACCAGAAAAAUUAAAUUAGUAAUUUAAAUGAACAGAUGUUUAGGCUUUUACCCACCAUUGUUGAAUUGUUCAUAUUGCUUUUUCUCAGCUGUAGCCAGCUCAAAUGUUGUGAAGGCAUUUGGGUAUAAAAAGAACCUCUUUCUGCUGCUAUAGCAAGGUCACUUGCAGAGUGACUUUUAAAUGGAUCAACCAGAAAAUAUUCCUUCUCAAACCAGUCUAUCAUAACGUGAUAUACUGUGGGCAAAAUACUUCCAGCAAUUAUGAUUCUGUACAUGACAGGGUGAUGGGAAGUAAAUGAAACUUCAAUUUGCAUUGAAAGUCAACUUGCAUGGUUAUUUGUUCUAAAUGUUAAUGUAGUUUAUAAUCAUGCAGAACUGGGAAAGCAAACUGAUAAACUUAUGCAUCACAAUAUAAAACUUAUCUGCUUUUAUUUAAGGCAAUGUUACAUGAUCUUGUACUGUACUGGAUGGCAUACAGAUCAGUCUUGUUUUUCACAGAAAACCUCCCUUGAUCAUUUAUUACCUGUGCCUUUAAACAAUUGUCAGCACAAUACUGUUACAAUAAAAUCAAUAGUAAUGUCUUCACAUUCAGUA